AACAAUGUGUAAAGUAGAAUUCAUCUACUGCCAUAUAGCAAUUCAUGGUAAAAAUAAUAGAAAAAGAAAAUAUGAAAAGGAAAUGGGUGAACACAAUAAAACUCUGCCUAAAGUAAUAGGAAUGCCUUGCCGAUCGAUAUCUAAAGCAAGAUUAUACAUACACAAGAUACACAAAAUAUAUGUACCCCUUUUUGGCGAGAAAUUGAAUAAUUAUUAA